AUGUCAACCCCCUCCACACCGCGGACGGCGCGUUCCGCGUCGCCAGCAGCCAACUCACCCAAGAUGCUCACCCCAGGGCAAAAGAUCAAGGCAAUGCUCGCUCAAUUCGACAGCGACUCGGAUUCAGAUAGCGGAAAUGCACAGCCUCAAAGAUCCAUCGCACGAAUUACCGACACUCUCAAGAACAGCACAGUCUCGGAUCACCCGUCAACCAUGGAUUUGGAUGAAGAGGCCGAGGACGAGGACGACGAUAUCAUUAUGCCCAAGGGCCGCAUGGCUGCUCGACUACAGGCCCAGAACAGUGAGAAGAACGAAUCGGCAUUUGAUCGUGUGUCGAAGAGCUUGAGGAACGCACAGCAAGAAAAACGGGAUUCGGCGGCUGAUGAGGCCAUGUCCGAGGAUGAUGACGAUGACGACGAUGAUCUUCCUGUGGCGGGCCCACGGAGGAAACCUAAUAAUAAGCCGGUCGAAGAGCCUGAAGACUGUGAUGUGGAUAGGUCACCUUCUCGUGCGCGCGCGUUUUCGCCUCUGUUUGUGUCGUCUCCGACUCGUGAUAAUGCUCAGGAACGGGAUGCAAUGGAAGACUCGGAUCAGGAUGAGGCUCGGCCGAAGGCGAAUGCCCGGUUCCUUGCCCUCGUUGCUCAGAAGCGCAAGGAGCGCGAGGAGAAGGAGAGAAGUGAAAAUGAGAAGAGAGCCGCGAAGGUGAAGCAACGAGAGCAGUUUAGCUCGGAGAUACUCUCUGGUGACGAUAGUGAAGGGGAUAAUGAAUCCGGACGAAAGCUAUCACAACCUGCACGACCUGCGCGACAGGCCAGUAAGAAGGCCCUGGAAGAGAUGAACAGGGAAACCCAACGAAUCAGCAGAAGUAUGCAAUUGGUCCAUCAGGCUCAGACCAAGAAGAAGAUCAGCAAGGAAAGCUUCUUUGCUCGGUUUAACUUUAUGCAGCCUGAUCAGCAAAACGCCUCGGGGUCUGCGCCGGAUAACUCGUCGACUACCGCUGAUUCGCAGAAUUCGUCAGAUGCUGAAGCUCAGAAGAAUAAGGAAACGCCGCAUACCUCACCGAUUCUAGGUCCAUCUGAGAAGCCUUCGACUGGCAAUGAUGCUAAUGAUGCGUCCAAGGAGGCUUCAACCGAAUUCCCGACAUUGGACGAAAUGGUUGCCAAUGGCCCGCAGCAAUCAGAACAACUCAUCGUGGGUCACAUGGAAGAACAAGCGUCCGAUAAGAAACCUCAGGUCGCCGAGAAAAUGAAGCAAAAGAAGGUCCUAACAAUGCCACCUGUUCGUGUUCGCCUUUCUCGCGAGCAAGUAGCUCGGAACCAAAAAGACGAUUCCGACAGUGAUUUGGAAAUUGUUACAUCUCCCGCAAAGUGCCGCCGAUAUGCGGCAUUCGAAAACCUUUCCAUCAGAAGACACCAGGAGUCAGCUUCUAUGAUGAAACUGAAGGCCCUGGCUCAGCUCACAUCUCCUCCGAAGAAGUCCAGCAUGAAUUAUGCCGAGUUAUCCGCACAUCUCUUGCAUCAAGCGAGGCAACAGGCAAGCAAAGAGAGGAUGGAGAGAAUUGAAGAGCUGAGGGCAAAGGGCGUCAUCAUUGAAACGGCCGACGAGCGGGCUGCGAUGGAAGAUGAAUUAGAGAACCUUGUCGAGAAAGCCCGGAAGGAAGCUGAAGAAAUUGCAAAGCAAGAGAAAGCAGCAGCUAAGGGUGAAGCGGGAGAUGAUGAGGAUGGUGACUACGAAUUCUCUGGGUCUGAGGAGGAUGCCAACGAGGCUGAUGAGGACGGAGAAGAUGACGACGAAGAAGAGGAAGGUGAUGAAGAUGGUGAGAAUGAAGGCGGCCUAUUCGACGCCGAAGCUGGCGAAGACGAAGGAUCUGACGAUGACCAUCCCGAGGUCAUGUCAUCCGAAGAGACCAGUUUGCCAACCCAGAGACGGAAACGGCCUACUCGAGUCAUUAGCGACGACGAGGACGAACCUCCCGUACCCAAGACACCUGCCAGGAUGACUAACCCAAUUGCAGUACAAUCUGUAGAGCGACCGCAUAUUCCCGGUUUGCCUUCUGAUGACAUGACUAUGAGCUUAACCCAGGCAUUCGCGGGAACUUUGGGCGAUAAUCAGCCCGACAGCCAGGCGGGAUCUACAAUUCCUCAUUCGUUGCCUGAUCCAGUCGAUGGUCGACGAGGAUCCGAUUCACACAUGAUCAUCAAGGAUAGCCAAGAACAAAGGCUUGAACAUACCGAUAUACUGGCGGGAUAUGCACAGUCUGAAAUACGAGUUUCUGAAUCCCCUGCUCCACGAGGGAUGUCCCAGUUUUCUCAGAUCCCGGACCCAACACAGGAUGCUGGGUUUGUGCUAUCACCAUUUGAUCCUUCGAAACGAUUCAUGAGUACACCCGCGUCCACAGUAGACACUGUUCUCAUUAACCGGAACGAAUCCCAAAACAACUCCCCUACUGUCGGACGGAAGGCUAAGCAUCUGCAUCGGGGACGGACAACUGGACUAUCCGCCAUUGAAGAGCAGAAUGAAGGCGAUUUUGAAAUUGAUGCCAGUGCGUUCGACGUUCUGAAGAAGGCUGUCAAGAAAAAGUCCACUGUCCCGUUUGAUAAAAACAACAGUAAAGCGAGGGAUGUGGUCGAAGAAGCUGCGGAGGAAUCUGACGACGAAUAUGCUGGCCUUGGCGGCGCCAGCGACGAGGAUGACGAUGUGGAGGAUGCAUACGAUCGACAGAUGAUUGACGACAAUAGCGGAGAAACUGCCGACGAGAAACAAUUGGCCGCUCUCAAUGCACUCCAUCAGAGAAAUGCAGACGAGAAACAAGUAGCCAAGCUUCUCAAAGACAUCACAACUGGUGCCCUUAGACGACGCAGACGGGGCGAUGAUGAGUUCGAUUUGGACGAUUCUGACGAUGAGCUCCUUGCGCGUCGGCGAGAGAAACAGAGAGAAUUUGCACGGAUGCGAAAGGCGCUGAUGGCUGACGAGAAAAUUGGUGAAAUUGCCGAGAACCCUAAGAAGGCUGCGUUCUUCAAGGCCGUUGAAGAUCGCGAUAUGGACGACGAUGGCCUCGAUUUCCUAGAACCGGAGGAAAAUUCUGAGUUCCAAGCAGAAUCAUCGUCGCAAGACGUGAUUCCCGACUCACAACCAGAUACGACUACCACUAGCGAUAGCAACAAGAGGAAGAGGCCUCUUGAGCCUUCAUCUGAAGAGAUCAAUAAUCGACCUCCGCCUCAUAUGCGUCGCAAGCCGGCAAGUCUCAUAUCCAAGAAGCCAGCUAACCUUGCUGAGAUCCGCGAAACCCUUUCCUUCCUGACCGAGACGCCUGAAUAUGACUCUUUCCACGAAGAUGCAACUGUUGAAGACGACGAAGAACAUGACAAGGAUAUGGAUGGUGAGGCAGCGGAUGAACAACCGUCCAACAGCCAGUCUACGGAAGAAUUCGUUGCCCCGCGGCAUCCACGCCGGACAAAGGGUCCUGUCGUGGAUCGUCUUGCUCUGCUACGACAAGCAUCAUCUAACUCGGCCACGUCUGCCUCCUCUAACACCCGAUUUGCUUUCCAAACUGGCGCUGGGCCCGAUCCCAUCGGAUUCCGUCCACCCCUGCUUCGAAGGACUACGACCAGCUCUUCUUCCACCAGCAGCUCCUCCAAGUCUGACACAUCGCGACGAGUAUCGAAGCCUGCAUCUGGUGCAUCAGUUGCAAAGAAGGGUGCCGUUAACUACUAUACCGCUGCCCGAGAAAAGGAACGUGAGCGGGAGCUUCGGGCCAGGACUCGUAACACUGGCACCAAUAUCACCGCUUUAGUGAACAAACAUGCUAGCAACCGACUCGGCGCUCUUGGCAGAACUGGGCAAUGGGACUAA